AUGAAUGAGCCCCCUGGACAAAGCGUUGCAUCAUUCGCAACAGUCAAACUUCCACUAAUUCAUGGCCCGCUAGUUAAAAUCCAAAUCCAACCGUUCGGCCACGAAUACACAAUUUCGAAAGGACUCCUCUGCGCAGAAUCACCAGUUUUCACAGCCAUAUUCGAAGGCAAUUUUCUCGAAGCCCAAGACCAAACACUAAAACUGGAAGCAAUAGAAGACGUCAUCUCUCCGCGGAGUUUCGAAGCUCUCAUCCAAUGGCUAUACCUUCGUUCCGUCAAGUUUGAUGUCGAUGAUAAUUCGCCCGGAGAACAGAUCUCCGCUGCCAUUGAACUUGCAAGGCUUGCGGAUAUGUACAAUAUCACGGGUAUAGAAGCGCAGAUAACGCAAUAUAUCAAGAGAAUCAUCAUCGCCAAUCCGGAUCCUGACUCGACGGAAGACAGGAUUGUAUGCGACAAUAAUACGGCUUUGAUAGGACGGGAAGAUAUUAUUUCGGGGAUUAUCCUACAUCGCGAUCAUCCAGUUCGACGUCUUUUGGCUCAAGCAUGUGUUGGGGCAUAUCUUCAAAUCGAAGACCACAAGUUUGCUAAGCUGGCUCAAGAAUAUCCUUGUUUUGGAGCUGAUCUCCUUCACGAAGUGAGGUUAACUCUAAAUGGGCUGAAACCCUAUUACAAGGCUCUUUUCAAGGACCCUAUUACAGGGAAAAGAAGGUAUCUUAACCAGUGA